AUGGGGGAGAUUACCAACGUCACGGAAUAUCAGGCAAUUGCCAAGCAGAAGUUGCCAAAGAUGGUAUAUGAUUACUAUGCAUCAGGUGCAGAGGAUGAAUGGACUCUGGCGGAGAAUAGAAAUGCUUUCUCAAGAAUUUUAUUUAGGCCACGGAUUCUAAUUGAUGUGAGCAGGAUUGACAUGACCACCACCAUCUUGGGAUUUAAGAUUUCAAUGCCCAUCAUGAUUGCCCCAACUGCCAUGCAGAAAAUGGCUCAUCCUGAAGGUGAAUAUGCAACUGCAAGAGCUGCAUCAGCUGCAGGAACAAUUAUGACGUUGUCAUCAUGGGCUACUUCCAGUGUUGAAGAGGUUGCAUCAACAGGACCAGGCAUCCGGUUUUUUCAACUUUAUGUCUACAGGGACAGGAAUGUUGUUGCUCAGCUUGUGCGAAGAGCUGAAAGGGCAGGUUUUAAGGCUAUAGCCCUUACUGUUGACACACCUAGACUGGGACGCAGAGAAGCAGAUAUCAAGAAUCGAUUUACUUUGCCACCAUUUUUGACAUUGAAGAACUUCGAGGGAUUAGACCUUGGCAAGAUGGACAAAGCAGAUGACUCUGGAUUAGCUUCAUAUGUUGCUGGUCAAAUUGAUCGCACUCUAAGUUGGAAGGAUGUCAAGUGGCUCCAGACCAUCACUUCAAUGCCCAUCCUUGUGAAGGGUGUCCUUACUGCUGAAGAUGCAAGAAUAGCUGUCCAGAAUGGAGCAGCUGGCAUCAUUGUAUCCAAUCAUGGUGCCCGUCAACUUGAUUAUGUUCCUGCAACUAUUAUGGCUUUGGAAGAGGUUGUGAAAGCUGCACAGGGUCGUGUGCCAGUGUUCUUGGAUGGAGGGGUCCGUCGUGGCACUGAUGUCUUCAAGGCCUUAGCCCUUGGAGCUUCUGGCAUAUUCAUUGGAAGACCUGUGCUUUUCUCCUUGGCUGCAGAAGGAGAAGCUGGGGUUAGAAAAGUACUUCAGAUGCUGCGUGAGGAAUUUGAGCUAACCAUGGCGUUGAGCGGCUGCCGGUCACUCUCGGAGAUUACUCGCAACCACAUUGUCACCGACUGGGAUGUUCCACGCCUUCUUCCUCCAGCAAGGCUUUGAAUGCAGCUGCCUAAAUUAGAGGCAACUGCUUCAUUACAAUUUGAACCAUGGCAUUUGUGCUUUCAAGAGAAUCCCUUUUCAUGAAAACUCACUUAUGUUUAAAUGAGUCUACAAUCUACAUUAUGAUAAUGUCAAAGCUUUUGAGUAAUGAUGGAACGGCAUACUUCCCUAAAUGUUCACAAGAGCCUGUCUUGUACAUUCUUUCUCUGACACUAUUACCAUUGUUCCCUGAGCAGAAUUUCUGUUUUUGAUCUUCUGCAGUUCUACUUGAUCAGAUAAAUGUUUGUCUUUCCA